AGGUGGGACAUGAGCCACUUCCACCAACUCUGGGAAGAAACCUCUUUGGCCGCCAGGUGUACCAGCUCCCUGGCCUCUUCGCCUAUGCAAAACACAUCAUCCGUAUUGAUGGAAAGAAAGGACUUUUCAAGGGCUUGACACCCCGUCUGUGUGCCGGCGCUGUGGGCACUGUGGUGCAUAGUAAAGUCUUGCAGUGCUACCAGAGUCAGAAUCAGGCAGAGGAGGGUGAAAAUGAACAAAAGGAAAACAGUACCUCCCUUGACCAUGUAAUAAAAGAGACCACUCAGGAGAUGGUUGCUCGUUCAGCAGCUACCCCUCAUCACUCACCCCUUCCACGUGAUCACACUACGGUGCAUGGUGCAGUUCAUUGGAAGAGAGACCAAAUAUGAUGGGGUGUUUGGAUCGGUAGUGACGAUAUACAAGGAGGAGGGCAUUAUGGGAUUUUUUGCCGGUUUAAUUCCAAGACUACUAGGAGAUAUCUUUUCUCUGUGGAUCUGUAACAUGGCAGCUUAUCUUAUCAACACGUAUGCUCUGGAAAAUGGGACAGUGAGCGAGAUUAAAAGUUACUCUCAGGCCUUAACUGGGUUCCUGGCCAGUAUGUUGACGUAUCCAUUUGUUUUAGUGUCUAAUCUCAUGGCUGUGAAUAACUGCGGGCUGGUCGGUGGCAGUCUACCGUAUGCUCCUGUGUACACCUCCUGGACAGACUGCUGGAGGCAGCUCAGCAAAGAGGGAAACACGAACCGCGGAAACAGUCUGUUCUUCCGUAAGGUGCCUGUUGGAAAGAACUACAUCUAUGAACAGAAGAGAUUUUAUUAA